GUCGGGGAAGUGGAGAGUGGGGGGCGGGGAGAGAAGAGGAGGGGGUUCUUGCUCUUUCAAGGCCCGGCGGGCAGCUGUUGUCGGUCGCGUUUGCUUUGAAAUACACAAAUUGUCUGUGCCAUUCAAUCAAAAUUAUGGGAUUAUUUGAUAAACUGGCAAGUUGGCUUGGUCUGAAAAAGAAAGAAGUUCAUGUUCUGUGCCUUGGAUUAGACAACAGUGGUAAAACAACAAUUAUCAACAAGUUAAAACCAUAUAAUGCUCAAGCUCAAGAUAUUGUUCCUACAAUAGGAUUCAGUAUAGAGAAAUUCAGAACAUCAAGGUAUUUAUCAUUCACUGUGUUUGAUAUGUCAGGUCAAGGUAGAUACAGAAAUCUCUGGGAACAUUAUUAUAAAGAUUGUCAGGCCAUUAUUUUUGUCAUUGAUAGCAGUGACGUACUAAGAAUGGUUGUGGCCAAGGAAGAACUUGAUACUCUCUUGACUCAUCCAGAUCUUAAACACCGCCGAAUACCAAUUUUGUUCUUUGCAAACAAGAUGGAUCUUAGAGAUGCUGUAUCUUCUGUUAAAGUCUCUCAUUUACUGACAUUAGAGAACAUCAAAGACAAGCCAUGGCAGAUCUGUGCUAGUGAUGCUCUUAAAGGAGAAGGAUUGCAAGAAGGUGUGGACUGGCUACAAGAUCAGAUCCAAAUAAUGAAGACAUGAAAAGCUAAUAUGCUAAUGGAAAUAUUAAAGAUAAUUUAUAGAUACCGAAGGCCUUGGAGACAAAAACUUUAGGCCUGUGUGUUUUCUUGUGUUGGUUUUUAUAAAAGCCUUUAAAAAUAAAAUAAUAUUUUUGCUAAUAGUUUAUAAUGGCCAUAAUGUGACCAGAGAUUCAGCUGUGGUCAAAUAAAACAAUGAAGUAAUUGUAUACUAUUCAAAAACCUUUGGUAUAUUUUUGCUUGAUUUUUAAUUAGAACUUAGGGGAAAGCAUAUGAUAUCUUAACAAAAAUUAUUUCUGAAAAGCUUUGUAUAGUGUCUUACAUUCAGAGUUUCACACUGGCCAUGUCUCUUCCUGAACUAAAAUUAGGUUUAAAUUUAAUAGUCAUAAGAAAGAAAGAAAAAAUGCUGUAAAACUUAAGGUAGUACACUUCUUGUUCUUUUAAACUUUUUUCCCUGCGGCUGGGAAGACUACUUUUAUCACUUUUCUUCCCCUCCAUUAUUUUUUAUCAUUAUGUUGUAUUGUCAUAGAUCAUGGUUUACCCUAACUCUUGUGUACAAAAUAACUUUCAAACCAUAGCUUGAAAUUUGACUUUAUAAACCUGUUUUAUAUAACGAAAUAUUGAGAAAGAGAAUAAGGGUUAAGAAAAAAAUGGAACUAAAGUUAUUUUUCCAGACAGAUAAUAGAAGAAGAUGACAGAUGUACAAGGACCAAGUUGGACUGUUUUGCUUUAAGCAAAAUGGGUGAUUUUUUAAAAAAAUUGCAAAAUAUUCAGUUUUCUCUGGAAUUUGUUUUCUUCUUGAAUAGGCUGAUCCACACAUUGCAGGGAGGUUUUUACCGGAACUGUAACAUCUCAAAGUAUGGUAUUCUGGAUGAUACACUUCUGAAAAGACACAAACCAUUUGAAUCAACCCCUUUAGGGUAGGGAGAUUGAACAUUUCUAAAACAAACUGUUCUAUUUUGCAUACUUAUAUUCCCAUAACAUUCAUAGGCAUCUUGCAUGUCUUAGUAGGCCAUGUUUAUCAUGUCAAAGAGCCCACUGCAAUAGACAUUUGGUAUAAUUUUUAACUUGCACAGAAAUUAGCUAUGCCAUACAAUGUUUUAGUUAGAUGUGAAUUGUGAUUUUACAAGCUAUUUGGAUGUUUAUGAUGUGCUAUUUAUGUGCUAAAUUAUAUUGAUUUCUGUAAUAGCUUAAACAAUAUUUUGAUAAAUAAAGUACAUAACUGACAUAA